AUGAAAGGAGCAGGUGGAAAUAGUGGUGUAAUGAAUCGAUUAAUGGUGACCUAUAACAACGGCUUAACUACUUCGUAUAUUCUUAAAGUAAAUUCCGAGCGUACAGAGCAAGCUGCUGCAUUGGGGUUACCACGAGAAGCUUUAUUUUAUGAACAAUUUGCCCGUAAGAUCCAAAAUAUAGUUCCUCGUACUUUUUAUUCGGAAGGAAAUAUGAAAGCAGGUACUAAAGCAAUUGUUCUUGAAGACCUUUCUGUUUUGAAUAGAGAUGGUUAUGAUUAUGCACAGUUGGGUCUGUACUUUACAGCACACUCACCUUUAAAUUGGGAAAAGACACAAAAAGGAGAAAUGGAUCCACUUAUGCUUUCCGGAGAUAAAAUCGAAGAACUUAUGUCGAAGGCUUUUGAAUGUGGUGCUGAUCUUCAUGCUACGUACUGGAACGAUGCAGCGAUGGCUCAAGAUAAGGAUUUAGAUUGGUUGCGUGGCCACGAUUGGUAUCGAGGAGAAGGCAAAGAUACUUGGCAAGCCUCUCAAUCUCUGGUUCACAAUAUAUGGAAAAGUGGAACAAUGAGUAUCUCCGGGUGGGAUUCGAAAUUCGUAAGUUUGCUAGAAGCGUCAUUAACCAAAGUCAAUUGGGAUGAUUUUCAAAAUCGUAUUCAUAAUACAGCCUUUACACUCGUCCAUGGGGACUUCCACCCAGGGAACUUUAUGGUUGCAAGAAAGAAAGAUAGUAAUAAGGUAAUCUUUGGAGAUGUUAAACUCAUGGAUUGGGAAGUAGUAGGUAUCGGCUGCGGUCCUCAAGAUAUGGGUCAAUUCGUUAUCUCACAUGUACCACUUGAAACUCGACGUAAAUUAGAAAAGCAAGUGUUCCGUGAAGCCUAUUACGAUAAACUUGUCGAAAAACUAAAAGCUAAAAAUGUAGAAAAAUUACCUACGUUUGAAGAGUGUUGGCAUGAAUAUGUUUAUGGAGGAGUCGAGCGUUGGGUUUGGUUAUUAGUGAUAUGCAACAGUAUCUUUCCAAAACCUGCUGGUGAUUAUUUUUAUAAUCAAGUAAAGGAUUUUGCAAAUGAUCAUGGAGUUAAUAUUGAAACGAUCGGAAUGCCAAGGGCAUGA